GUUGAAUAAGUUGAAGUUCCAAUUAUCAGGCGCAGUUUAGUGCUGUGAAAAUGGGUGACAAAGUAAAACUAUCUGCGUUUUUGAUGCAAGGCAUCGCAACGUUGAGCAUUGCAUACCUUACUGCAUUGACUGGGUUUGUGUACGCCUGGCCAUCGUACUCGUACGAUAUGUUCACAACAAACCGGACAGUUCUGUCAGAGGUUAUGACAACAACACAGAUAUCAUUGCUGGGAAGUCUCACCAACAUUGGCGGCUUGAUUGCCACUCCUCUCUGUGGCUUUACGGUGGAUUCCAUAGGGAGGAAGUAUUCUGCAAUGCUGUUUGGAAUGCCUCAUGUGAUAGCGUGGGCCAUAAUAUCAGUAGCAACGUCAAUAAAUCUAGUUCUCUUUGCGAUAUUCUUCGCCGGUUUUGGAGCAGCUGGUCAAGUCAUUUCGUCAGUAUAUGUGUCUGAAAUCUCUCAAGAUGCCAUCAGAGGAACUUUGACCACAUCAGUAGUGUAUGGGUACUUCAUAGGACUUCUCUUCUCAUACCUGAUUGGGGGUCAGCUCUCCUACUAUUCAGUGAUAUAUACUCAUUUGUUUUUAUCCAUCCUAUACAUUUUACUGCUGAUGUUUUUGAAAGAAUCGCCAGUGUUUUUAGUGCUGAAAGGAAAGGAUGAUGAAGCGGCUGAAUCGAUUGCUUUUUACCAGCGUGUUAACGUUAAGUCAAAAGAAGUGGAAAUCGAAUUAAAAAAAAUAAAGUUGCAGUUAGAUCCAAGAAUAAAUGUUAUUUUGCAAGAACAGGAAGAUCCAUCUAUAGCGAGAGAACUUAUAGAAAAACAAGAAGUAACACCAGAAAAUAGUCAGUCACCGUGGAAAUUCCUAAGAAAAUCCGAGUCAUCCAAACGUGCACUAACUGCGGUUCUGUUCUUAAUGGCUAUAACAAUACUAAGUGGUCCUAUAGUGCUUCAAGUGUAUGCAGAACCUUUGUUCAAGGAAGCAAUACCAACUAUGAAGCCAAACACGUGCUCGAUUCUGCUCGCAGUAGAUUAUCUGGCUGCUGCGUUGGUAUGUGCGGUGAUGAUUGAUAGAUGGGGGAGAAGGAUUUUAAUGACGUCAACUUCAGUGGCUUCUGGGUUCUUCAACAUACUCCUCGGCUCACAGUUACAUUUCCACUGGGCACCUCAUUGGUUCACUGCCUUCGUCAUCUACGCGUACAGUUUUGUGUUCAACUUUGGUGCCGCCGUGGUCCCGUUUGUAAUGACUGCUGAAGUAUUUCUACCUGAGGUCCGUGGCCUAUGCAACAGUCUCACUAUGGCCUGCAUGUGGAUAAUGAACUUCGUUACUCUCAUAAUCUUCAACCCACUGGUCGAAAGCAUCGGCUUAGGUCCCACGUUUUAUUUCUUUUCGAUAAUUUGUUUCAUUGGCGCAACGUACAGCAACUUCUGUUUACCAGAAACCAAAGGUCUUUCGGCAGAUGCUAUUCAAGUUUUGUUCAUAAAGAAGAAAAGGAAUAUUGAGAAUGUAAAUAAAUCUUGAAUAACA